AUGGCCGUCCGGUGUCACGCUGCUGCUACCUUGGUCUCGUCCCGAGCGCACCUGUCCUCGUACCUCCCGCCCCUCCUCCCCUCCGCGCGACCCCGACCCAGGACGACCCGCAGCGGCGGCGGCAGCUACAGGCGGGCCGCCGUUCGCGCCAUGGGCGCCGCGCCGUCUUCGCCCUCGCCGUCCGGACAAGCCCCAGGGAAAGCGGAUAACGCGUCUCUGAGUGAUGAGGAGUUGAAGAAGCGCCUCACAAAAGAACAGUAUUACGUCACUCGGCAGAAGGGAACUGAGAGGGCAUUCACAGGGGAAUACUGGAACACUAAAACCCCAGGCAUCUACCAUUGCAUCUGCUGUGACACCCCUCUGUUUGAGUCAUCAACCAGGUUUGAUAGUGGUACUGGAUGGCCGUCCUAUUACCAGCCGGUUGGCGACAAUGUGAAAAGCAAGCUUGAUAUGUCGAUCUUCUUCAUGCCUCGGACCGAGUCCCUGUGUGCCGUCUGCGACGCUCACCUGGGGCAUGUUUUCGACGACGGGCCACCGCCGACUGGGAAGAGAUAUUGCAUCAACAGCGCGUCUCUGAAGUUUAAGCCCCAGUAG